AUUUCCUUUAGCAUUAGCCGCCGGUGUUUGUUGACGGCUGGUCAACGUUACUUGGCAUAUCGGACUGUUUUGUGUUUUGGGGCAGAAAUGGCAUCACAAAACUCCUACAAACUCCGGUGUUCAAUCCCGGGACAUGAGAUGGACGUGCGGGGCCUCGCGACCGCGGCUUUUCCUGAAGGAGCGUUUGUUUCUGUGUCCAGGGACCGCACCGGAAGAAUCUGGGUCCCAAACUCAAGCCAUGACAGGGGCUUUACAGAGAUGCACUGUAUGUCUGGACACACCAACUUCGUCUCCUGUGUUUGCAUCAUCGCUCCCAGUGACACAUAUCCUCGUGGACUGAUUGCCACUGGUGGAAAUGACAAUAAUAUAUGUGUUUUUACACUGGACAAUCCACAGCCUCUGUAUAUGCUCAAAGGACACAAAAACACAGUUUGCACAUUGUCAUCUGGUAAAUUUGGGACACUUUUAAGCGGCUCGUGGGACACUACAGCCAAAGUCUGGCUAAAUGAGAAAUGCAUGAUGACACUACAGGGCCAUUCUGCUGCUGUGUGGUGUGUAGUUAUUUUACCUGAACAAGGCCUCAUGCUGUCGGGUGCAGCUGAUAAGACCAUAAAGCUGUGGAAAGCAGGUCGAUGUGAAAAGACGUAUACAGGUCACGAGGACUGUGUACGAGGAUUAGCGGUGCUCAACAACUUGGAGUUUUUUUCCUGUAGCAACGAUGGGAGCAUUAGAAGGUGGCUGGUGACAGGGGAGUGCGUACAUGUUUACUACGGACACACUAGCUACAUCUACAGCAUUGCAGUUUUCCCUAAUAGUGAAGAUUUUGUAAGCACCGGUGAGGACAGAACCUUAAGAAUAUGGAGGAAAGGGGACUGUACGCAGACGAUCCGUUUGCCUGCUCAGUCUGUGUGGUGUUGCUGUAUUUUGCCUAAUGGUGACAUUGCUGUUGGUGCCAGCGAUGGCAUUAUCCGUGUGUUUACUGAGGCUCAGGACCGUAUCGCAAGUGCUGAGGACAUCCAGGCUUUUGAAGAUGAGCUUUCAAAAGCCACUAUUGACCCAAAGACCGGAGACCUUGGAGAUUUAAAACUAGAAGAGCUUCCUGGAAGAGAGCACCUUAAUGAGCCUGGAAAUCGAGAUGGACAAACACGGCUGAUUAAAGACGGAGACAAGGUUGAGGCGUAUCAGUGGAGUGUUAGUGAUGAUCGCUGGAUGAAAAUUGGAGAUGUGGUCGGAGGUUCAAACCAGCAAACUUCCAAGACUGUCAUGUAUGAAGGAAAGGAGUACGAUUUUGUCUUCACCAUUGAUGUAAACGAAGGAGGGCCAUCCAUGAAACUGCCUUACAACCUCUCAGAGGAUCCGUGGCUCACAGCACACAACUUUUUACAGAAGAAUGACCUAAGUCCAAUGUUCCUGGACCAAGUCGCCAACUUUAUCAUAGAGAACACUAAAGGACAGGUGGUGGGACCUGCGCAGCCAGGGGGAGGCGACCCUUUCACUGGAGGUAAUCGGUACGUCCCUGGAUCUUCAAGUGGCAACACAGGCUUUGGAGCUGAUCCUUUUACAGGUGCUGGUCGCUACAUCCCAGGGGCAAACUCUGACACAAACUCCCGUGGUCCAGUGGGUGUGGCUGAUCCUUUUACAGGAGGAGGUGCGUACUCAUCUGCUGCCCUCAAACAAACUCCCACAAACAUCUACUUCCCCAAAACAGAGGGAGUGAGCUUCGAACAGGCCAACAGCUCACAGAUCAUCGCCAAAUUAAAGGAGUUAAACGCUGGAGCUCCCCAAGAACACAAACUGUCUGAAGACUUUUUGGAAAUUAUCGAACAGCUGCUGGUUUCUGUGUGCGCCUCAAACUCUGAGCCCGCCCCAACGAUGCAACAGGUCACCCUGCUCUGGAAGGCGACUCACUGGCCAGAAGACAUUGUGUUUCCAGUUUUGGAUAUAUUGAGGCUGGCUGUGCGACACCCACAAGUGAAUGAAACUCUUUGUGGAGAGGCAGAAGGAGUACAGCUAUGCAACCACCUCCUCAACCUGAUGAGGCCAGAGGGACGACCAGCCAACCAGAUGCUUGCUCUGCGGAUUCUGUGUAACUGUUUUAGCGGCAGGCACGGCAGGUCUCUACUCGUGUCCCAGCGCGAAACGAUUCUGUCACGAGCUGCCGAUUUGGCCUCAGUCAAUAACAAAAACAUCCACAUCGCGUUGGCCACUUUGGUGCUGAACUACGCCAGCUGUUUCCAUAGCCAACCCGAUCUAGAAGCCAAAGCCCAGUGUCUGUCCGUUGCCAGUCGAGCUCUUGAAACGGUGCAGGACAAGGAGGCGGUCUUCAGGCUGCUUGUUGCCUUGGGGACCACGGUAGCGUCAGACCAAACCGCCCGGGAUUUGGCCAAGUCUUUGGGCGUCAACUCUCAGAUCAACAAGUAUUCCACAGUCUCCGACCCCUCCAAAGUGGCAGAAUGUUGUCAGCUGGUUUUAAAAGAACUUCAAUGAUGUGUGAAUGAAUAGAUGACAAAUACACUUCUUUCGUAAUAAAAUUUCUGCAGAAAGAUUUGAGUGACACGUAUAACCAACAAUAAAAAAGAACGGACUU